AUGUGUUGCUCAUUUUUGUGGCCUUGGGAGGCGGCGGCAGAUCUCCGCCGCACCGCUCGCAAUGGCCAGACAGCGCUGCAGGCAGCGCAAGCACGAGGGCAGGAUGCCGUCCUUGAGGUCUUUGCCGCGUGGGAGGCAUCGCAGUCUGUCCCUGACGCAAGCAGCCCGGAGGAGCAGCGAAAGAAGCGCAGGUCGGAGGAGAUGCAAAUCGGCAGAGCAGUUAGCAUAGCGACGCAGCUCAGCGACCACGAGGAGGGACAAGAGCCGCCCAGCAUCAGCUACCUGGACAAUGUCUUGAGAUACGAGUUCCGCCGCGGGGGCCCUGGGGAAGAUGCUCGAGCAGGCACCUCCAUCUGGAACGAGUCUGAGACCAGCAGAGGCUUGCUUCGCUCUCAAUCUUGGCGUUCACUUGCCGCUGCAGAGGCGGAGGAGGGUACGCCCACGGUCUGGACGGCCGAGGGCUUAGAGAAGCAGACCGAGUGGUCGCAAGAGUGGGACAAAGGGCCUAUCCAAGAGUUCUGUGAGAACUUGGCGAACAAACGGUCGUGGACGGGCACAUAUGUCUUCUUUACGGCUUAUGCAUUGUUCGCCAUCGACAUCGACGCGAUGGCAGGUGACAAGUCGUCGCGGAUAGGCGUGGCCAUUGUUACUACGCUGGUUGCCAUCGCCUUCCUUUUCGAGCUUGUAGUGCAUUGCAUCGGGAAGAAGGGGUACAUGACCAGCGCUUUCUUCAUGUUGGAUCUUGUUGCUUUCAUCUCCCUCAUACCAGAUACCAUCCUCAUGCAACUGGCUACGGAUGGCAGUGCAUUCGUCGCGGGCCGCUCUAGCAGGCUUACCAGGAUGUUGCGCCUUUUCGGGCGCUCUGCACGAGCUGCGCGGCUCAACCGCUUCGGCCGCAUCGCGAGGAUUGCCGCUUUUAUGCCCAAGAUCCAGGAGCUUUCGCGCUUCUGGGGUCACAAGGUGGAAGACGACGAUGCCGCGCGAGUUCUGGAAAAGAAGCUCUACCGAGUCUUCUGCUUCCUUGAUGAGGACAUGGACAGUUGGGUGGCAAAGUCUGCGCUGGACACCUGCAAAGACAAACUGUUCCAGAUGGCACACCUUGAGAAGAAGAAGAGCGAGUGGGGUUCCAAGCUUCGCAUGCUUGCUGCCACUACGACUUUCACAAGUUCGAAGGCUCGCAAGGACGACCCGCAUAGCUCCGCCAGUAACACCACCGGCUUGGAUUCGCAGACACCUGCCGACCUAGCGAGCUCUUUCGCCUCAAGGCCACCAUCGCCAAGGAGCUUGGCAAAGAAGGAUGGUGCUGUCAUCGGCUCGCAGACGAUGGCACGUGCUAGCGACAACAAGCCCUAUCAAGACCAAGUUGAUUAUCCGGAGUUCCGGGAUGCGAUCAUGAGCGAGCCUCCUUUGGUUCAGUGGCUGAAAAACGCCGUGAUCCGCCAACUGAAGCGCGGCAACAACAUGCAGGCAGUGCGGCAACGCAACGCUGAAUACAUCGGGGUCAAGGUGGCGAUGGCCAUACUGUUUAUAAUUGCUAUCCUGAGCUACGUGGAGCCGCUGAUGGAGGACACCUCCCUCAACUACGGCUUCGUUUCGAUGAACUCCUUCGUUGGCCUCACUACCGGCAGCCCUGCCGUGAACACGACCAUACCGGACGUCAUUCGCAGGCAAGUGGCCACGUGGACGCUUCAUGAAGGCUGGGCGCGUCCAGAGCGGCCUCUUCUGUACUUGGAUCUGCAGAGGAAAGUCUACUGCAACUCCUUGGUGGGUUCAAACGAACGGCGCUGUGAUGCGCCGUUGAGUGAAGCCCUCGUGUGGGGACAGACGAAGAGGCUUGAUGAGGUGGACGUCGAUGUCAUAUCUUCAGAAUACCGACAGAUGGAUCUGCUGUUGAUGCGAUAUCCGGACUUUGACAACCAGGAUAUCACCGCAGAGGACCUCGAGGAGAGGACGGAAGCCGUGGCACUGUUUCUGAAUCGCGCGGAUACCGUUGCCACAGCUCGAGAUUCCAUUAUCACAACAUGGGUGGUCCUUUUCCUCAUCGUCAUCGGCAUCAGCCUCCUCACGCGGGAUCUUACGUACUUGUCCAAGAACCUCUUAAAGCCGCUUGUGGAGCUGGCCGAUGAAGUGGAAAGCAUCACUCGGCUGCAACUUGCUGCGACCAAUUCAGCCACUACGCAUAGCCUGGAGUUGGCCCAGAACGUCUCCAGCGAGAUCAGGUUGCUCCGCCGACGGUUCGACAGCAUGAAGACGGCCAUCCGCUCCUGGGGCAAGUACGUCCCCUGGCCUGUGGUGCAGCUGAUGAUGCGAAAAGAUGCCGAAGCUAACAUCGAAGUCUCCGAGCGUAAGGUGACCAUGUUCUUCUCAGACAUCGCAAGUUUCACCACCAUCGUCGAAAGCCUGCCGCCAAAGAGCUCGCUCCUCCUGCUGAGCCGAUACUUUCAGGAAAUGUCCAAGAUCGUGGACGCCCAUGGAGGCAUCGUCGUAGAGUUCAUCGGCGAUGCGAUACUUUGCAUCUACGGAGCACCCGUCGUCAACGACAGCCACGCCACCGUCGCAGUGAAAGCUGCAGUGGAGAUGCUGCACGCCGUCGGCAGCAUCAACGCAUGGCUGGAUCGACGGGAGCUGCCCAGGAUCUCCAUCCGGUGUGGAGUUCACACUGGCAAAGUGCUCGUUGGCAACAUGGGCAUGCAAUCGCGGAUCAAGUACGGCAUUGUGGGUGAUGAGUGCAGCAUGCCGGGGCGGCUGGAAGAGCUCAACAAGACUUAUGGCACGCAGUUGCUGGUCUCUGAGACGACACACACGGACUUGGAUAUCGAAGGCUUUGUGUCACGCCCCAUAGACUUUAUCCGGCGGUCUGCGGAUGCUGAAGAGAGCGAGCAGAUCUUCGAAGUCUGGAAAGCUAACCGUCGUCCCUCCAAGGCCUCUCUCGAGGAAAAAGCAGCUGACCUCUAUACAGAGAAGACGCCAACUUGCGCGGCCACGGCUCAAGCAGAGUGUCCAAAGUCCAAAGUCGUGCGAGUGAAGCCUUUGCAUAGCAAACGCAUCCGCCGAAUAAUGGCAGUCAAUGAGGCAGUGCACGAGAUCUUUCUCCCCUUGGAAGAGGAGGUUUGUGAUACAUCGGCGACGGUGUUCCUCUCCAUUCUCUGCUUCUUUGGCCUGGCUGUGAGCUUCUUCGGAUAUCGGAUUUACAAGGUGGCCUUUGCGUUCUUCGCCUUCCUGGUGGGCUUCGGCUUAGAGGCACUGGUAGGAUCGCACUGGAUCAGCGAAAUGCCAGAAGAGGCCACAACGGUGAAGAAGGUGACGGUGCUCGUAUGCUGCGUGCUAUGGGGAACGGUAGCAGCAGUGCUCGCGCGAAGGUGCCGGGAGGGCAUCGAAAAGAUGCUGGGCAUCGUGUUUGGCAUAUUUCUGGGCCUGGCUGCCACAUGCCUCCUCGUGUAUGCCCUACAGAAGCCUCUGGAUUCUGCACUUGGUGAUGCCUACAAGGGCUGGGAGCAAUUUGGAGGCGUCACACUCGGUGUCCCACUCGCCUUGCUAGCAGGAUACCUCUGCAGAACCUGGGUGAAGCACUUAAUCAUGAUUGUCACCGCCUUCUUCGGGUCUUGGGCUGCCUGGCGGUGCGCCUCGAGCUUGCUCAGAUGUGCGGAGGUGGAAUCCCAUGUGCUAAGUCGACACGUCAUCAACCUGCUUAUUGUCAUUGGCCUGGGUGUCCUUGGCCUCGUCGCUCAGAUCUUGUGGCAACCUCGUGGGGAACGCAAGGUGCAGGAGCGGACGGUGGCGGGAGGCGUGUGA